AGUGGUGAGCAUGGCGGCAGAGGCAAUUUGAAUCAAUUUGGCGAUGACCUCCUGGAGACCUGAACCGUUUUUCUUUUCUUUAAGCUUUUGAACGGGGCCGGUGAACAUGGCGGGAGGAGAAGUGGGCCCUGCAAUUGGGAUCGAUCUGGGGACGACUAACUCGUGCGUGGCAGUGUGGCAGAAUGAUCGUGUAGAAAUCAUAGUCAAUGAUCAGGGCAACAGGACUACUCCUUCUUAUGUUGCCUUCACUGAUACUGAGCGUUUGGUUGGUGAUGCGGCACUUUACCAGGUCCUCAAAAAUCCCACCAAUUCCAUCUUUGAUGCCAAGCGGUUAAUAGGUAGGAGAUUCAGUGACAACAUUGUUCAGAUUGAUAUGAGGAUGUGGCCGUUCAAGGUCAUUGAAGGUGUUGAUGACAAGCCUAUGAUUGUGGUUACCCAUGAGGGUCAGGAGAUACUGUUUGCUGCUGAGGAGAUCUCCUCCAUGGUUUUGGAAAAGAUGCGGGAGAUUGCUGAGAAGUACCUUGACUCGCCUGUGAAAAGUGCAGUUAUCACUGUCCCCGCUUACUUCAGUGACUCGCAGCGCCAGGCUACAAGGAAUGCAGGUGAAAUUGCAGGCCUAAAGGUGAUGCGUAUUAUCAAUGAACCGACCGCUGCAGCCAUUGCUUAUGGACUUGAACAGAGGGCUGGCUGGUAUGGAAAGAGAACUGUGAUGGUAUUUGAUUUGGGUGGUGGAACUCUAGAUGUUUCGCUUCUGAACAUUUGUUCCGGGGUCUUUGAAACUUUGGCUACGGCCGGAGAUACUCACCUAGGUGGUGGAGAUUUUGAUAACCGAAUGGUUCAGUUCUGUGUUGAGGAAUUUAAGAAAAAGCAUAGUUUGGACGUGAGUGGUAACCCCAGGGCUCUUGGUAAGUUAAGAAAUGCUUGUGAGAAGGCAAAGAUGAGACUCUCUUUUGUAUCUUCUGUUGACAUUGAGCUCGACUGUUUGGAUCAAGGAACUGAUUUCUAUCUAACUUUCACUCGUGCCAAAUUUGAACAACUGAACAUGGAGUUCUUCAACAAAUGUAUGGAACCUGUUCAUAAGUGUUUGAAGGAUGCUAACAUGGAUAUAAGUGUUGUUCAUGAUGUUGUUAUUGCCGGUGGUUCUUCUAGAAUUCCCAAAGUGAAGCAACUACUACGAGAUCUCUUCAAGGGGAAAAAUUUGUGCGAGAGCAUUAAUCCAGAUGAGGCAAUAGCAUAUGGUGCUGCUGUUCAAGCUGCAAUUUUGAGCGGGAAUGGAAAUGGAAAGCUUCAAUACUUCACUCUACUGGAUGUCAUACCUAUGUCACUUGGAGUGGCUAGAUAUAAUGAUGUCAUGCAGUUUGUCAUUCAAAGAAACACGAAUAUUCCAGUCAGAAAGAAUACAACUAUGUAUACUCGUUCUGACUACCAAAGCAAGAUCCUCUUCGAAGUUUUUGAGGGUGAGAGUGAAAGCACAUUGUAUAAUAACUUCCUGGGUGAAAUUAUGCUUGAGGACAUUCCUAUGGCCCCAAAAGGUUAUCCAUUUGUUGUUUGCUUUGAUGUUGAUGAAAAUGGUAUCCUUAAGGUCUUUGCCGAGGACAAGUCUACUGGCCAGAAGAAGGGGAUUACAAUUAUGAGUGAAUAA